UGUGGCAGAGAAGAAGAUGGCGUCAAACGGGAACGGAGAGUUCAGCUUUGCGAGCGGAAACGGAAAGGUGUCAACGGCGGCAAACGGUAACGGAACGGUGAGGAACGGGCUGGCGAAGAUCCAGACGCAGAAGAAGGACAAUGGGGUGUGUCACGACGACAGCACGCCACCUGUGAAGGCGCAGACGAUCGACGAGCUCCACUCGCUGCAGAAGAAGAAGUCGGCACCCACCACCCUAAUGAAGGGCACUCAGGGUGGUGCCUUUGCCGUCACCCUCUCUGAGGAGGAGCGACACAAGCAGCAGCUUCAGAGAUAAACGCGUCGUUCGUUAUGUCAACCGGCGGCGCGCUAGCAACUCUUUCUGGAGCCAAACUGGUCGCUCUCCAAGAGAUAAACGCGUCUUAAGGAUGACACCACCCAGGACGACCUUUGGUGGGGAAGGUAAUAACUGACUAUAAUUACUACUGCCCGCAUUUUUCACUUUUACCUUUUGUUACUGUGUGUAAUUAUAUUUAAACGUGGUGGUUAUCUUCAUCUGUAGGGGCUCACCUAACAUUGAAAUGGACGAGCAAACGUU